AAGAACCGACGUAUAUAAACCCGGCCCGGUCCGACCUUCGAUCACAAUUCAAUCGAUCUUCACACAGUUUGGACGGCAGCAUCCACAAAACAAGCCCAGCAAUCAUGAAGUGCAUCGCAGCUGUAGUCAUGAUGACUCUGGCCAUCGCGGCGGAGGCUAACGUUAUUGCCCUUCGCACUCCGGUAGUUUACACCGGUGCCGAGAAAACAGUCGUCCAGCAGAACGUCGCUCCGAAAUACUACACGUCCAGCGUGGCUUACAAUGCCCCCGUAGUGACCGCGUACACCGUCCCAGAAACUUACGUCCAGCAGAAGUACUAUUCGGGCCCGGCUGUGACAUACGCUGCUGCGCCUGCCGUCACCACCUACUCCGUCCCGAAGACGACCUACGUGGCGUCGAACGUUGCCCCGGCUGUCGCAUACUCGACCCCAGUCGUCACUGCCUACACGGUGCCGGAAAAGACCGUUGUGCAGCAGAACGUUGCCCCGAAGUACGUUAGCUACACGGCCCCGGCCGUGUCUUACGUUGCUCCGGCUGUCUCCUACUCCGCUCCGGCCGUCACCUACACCGCCACCGCUCCGGUGACCAAGUACGAAUCGGUCGCACCCGUCGCUUACUCGGCACCGAUCGCUUACUCAUCCGACUCGGACGUAGUGGAGGCUGCCCCGGUUGCUGCCGUUGCCCCCGAGGAGACGGUCGUCGUUGCCCAGCCCGCGGUUGCUGCCGUCGUUGCCCAGAAGGAAGCUCGCUAUGUCGCUGCCAACCCCGGUGCCGUGCACGAAGCUCCGCUUGCCGGACACACCGUCAACCAGCAGUCGCUGAACGUGCAGCCUGCCCCGGGAACGCAGUAAGGAAUUGUCAACCGUACCAUGAAAACGAUACUCUUUUUCGAACACACAGAAACAAAAUUAACGAACCUUCGAGCCAUUGACAAGUUUCUUCUUGUUGGAUCUAUGCUGAAAUAAAUCUUGCAAAAUGUCACAAUGAA